AUGGCCAUUCCAGUCUCCUUUAUCCUUGCUGGCAAUGUCCAUCUGCCUACAAUACUGGCCGCGUUGCGGCUGCUAGGCGGUUUCGAGAGUGAGCAGCAAGGCAGAACCGGACGAGUUACCUUCCAUUAUAACCCUGUGGACGACUUGGAAUCCGCUUUUGGCAAUGGUCUCCUCAUCAGAAUGCAAACCCAGUGUCGAGGCUACCUGGCCAAGUUAGAGAAACGCAGAAGACUUAAGGAGGAUGAUGCCGUGAGAUGUAUUCAAAGAAAUGCGGCUGCGUACUUUGAUCCAUGGAUCCGACUGAUAUUGGCCCUCAAACCGCACCUGAAACGCAAUCGUCUUGAAGAUGAAAUUAUUCAACUAAAGAGUGAACUCGAGAGAUACAAGGCAAUGGUCAAGGUGCUCCGUUACGAAAACGUGGCCUAUCAGGACAAAAUAUCCAGACUUCUGCAGUUGCUGGACCAGAUGCAUCCUGGUGGCGUCAGUGGUGAUCUUGUAAAUCGUCUCAUCAAGGAAGUGAGUACAUGCAUCCCUCUUAUACCCGACUGA